CAGGAUUCUCAAUGGCUUCACCACCAACUUCAUCUCCCUUUUCUUUCCCACUCUGCUAUCUGUGAGAGAGAGGAAACGCAGCAGCACCAGGCAGACAGCAAAACCUUCUGUGUGAACAGGCUGUAUGUGGGACUGUGAGGCAGGAUGGUGGUUCUCAGGAAGGGUGAUCACGUGUGGCUGGAAUCCUUGUCCAACAGUGAAUUCAAUGUCCCUAUUGGGGCAGUUGUGAAGAUCUCUGACUCAGGACGGAUCUUGGUGGAGGAUGAUGAAGGCAAGGAACAUUGGAUCACUGCUCGGAACAUCAGUGCUGUGCAUCCCAUGCAUCCCACCUCUGCGCAAGGGGUAGAAGACAUGAUACGCCUCGGGGACCUGAAUGAAGCAGGCAUAGUCCACAACCUCCUCAUCCGCCAUCAGGAGCACAAAAUCUAUACCUACACAGGCUCUAUUUUGGUCGCAGUGAAUCCAUACCAGGUGUUGCCACUCUACACAGUGGAACAGAUCCAACUUUACAGUAACAAGCGAAUUGGGGAGCUGCCUCCCCAUGUCUUUGCCAUCGCAGACAACUGUUAUUUCAAUAUGAAGAGGAAUAAGAGAGACCAGUGCUGUGUUAUCAGUGGAGAAUCUGGAGCUGGGAAGACUGAAAGCACUAAACUGAUACUGCAGUUUUUAGCUGCUAUCAGUGGCCAGCAUUCCUGGAUUGAGCAGCAGAUUCUGGAGGCCAACCCCAUUCUGGAAGCCUUUGGAAACGCCAAGACAAUUCGAAACGACAACUCAAGCCGCUUUGGGAAAUACAUCGACAUCCACUUCAACCGAAGCAGCGUGAUCGAAGGAGCCCGGAUAGAGCAGUUCCUUCUGGAGAAGUCCCGGGUUUGUCGGCAGGCUCCGGAGGAAAGGAACUAUCAUAUAUUUUACUGCAUGCUAAUGGGGAUGAAUCUGGAGCAGAAGAAGAUGUUGAACCUGGGCACUGCUUCAGAGUACACCUACCUCACCAUGGGUGACUGCACUUCUUGUGAUGGCCGUAAUGAUGCAAAGGAAUAUGCUCACGUCCGCUCUGCUAUGAAGGUCCUCAUGUUCUCAGAUUCUGAGCACUGGGACAUCAGCAAGCUGCUGGCUGCUAUUCUGCACCUGGGGAACGUCGAGUUUGAAGCUGCUGUGUAUGAUAACUUGGACUGUUCUGAUGUGCUGGAUUCUUCACACUUUUCUGUAGCAACCAAACUGCUUGAGGUGGACUCCGGAGAACUGCAAAACAGCCUUACAAACCACUCGAUCAUCAUCCGAGGAGAGAGCGUGUCCAUGCCCCUGAGCGUUGCCCAGGCUGCUGAUGGGAGAGACGCCUUUGUGAAGGGGAUCUAUGGCCACCUCUUCUUGUGGAUAGUAAAUAAGAUCAAUGCUGCAAUUUUCAACCCACCUUAUCAGGAUUCUAAAAGUUUGCGCAGGUCCAUUGGGCUUCUGGACAUCUUUGGUUUUGAAAACUUUAACACCAACAGCUUUGAGCAACUCUGUAUUAACUUUGCCAAUGAGCACCUUCAGCAGUUCUUUGUGCGCCAUGUCUUCAAGCUGGAGCAGGAGGAAUACCUUGCGGAGCACAUCUCCUGGAGCCACAUUGACUUCACAGAUAACCACCAGGCUUUGGAAGUGAUCGCACUCAAACCCAUGAACAUUGUCUCCCUCAUUGAUGAGGAAAGCAAGUUCCCUAAGGGCACUGACGCCACGCUGCUAAACAAAAUAAAUUCCCAUCAUGGCAAAAGCAAAGUCUACAUCCCACCGAGGAGCGUCCAUGACACCAAAUUUGGUAUCAGCCACUUUGCUGGGAUUGUCUAUUACCAGUCGAAAGGUUUCCUGGAGAAGAAUCGUGACAUGCUCAGCUCCAACAUAAUGCAAUUGGUUUACUCUUCCAAAAACAAAUUCCUGAGGCAGAUCUUCCAGGUGGAAACAACCGUGGCUACACUAGGCCGUGGGAGCAUAAAACAUCUCAGAGCUGAGCAUACCCUCAAGGGCUCGGAUACUACCAAACGCCUGUCUACAUUAGGUGGUCAAUUCAAACAGUCUCUGGAGCAGCUGAUGAAAAUCCUGGGGAGCUGCCAGCCGUACUUUAUUCGCUGUAUCAAACCCAACGACUACAAGAAGCCUUUGUUGUUUGAUCGGGAGCUGUGUAUCCGACAGCUGCGCUAUUCGGGAAUGAUGGAAACCAUUCGGAUUAGGAAGGCUGGCUAUCCGAUUCGCUACAGCUUUGCAGAGUUCUUUGAGAGAUACAGAGUCCUGCUGCCAAUGUCCGCUCGAGAACAGCUGCAGGAUGAUGCUCGUCGGUGCUGCAUUUACAUUUCUGAGGCGGUUCUAGGGAAAGAUGAAGACUGGAAAAUUGGAAGAACCAAGAUUUUCCUCAAAGAUUAUCACGAUAUGGUAUUGGAGGUGCAGCGAGACAAGGCGCUCACUGAAAAGGCCAUUCUGAUCCAGAAGGUGCUGAGGGGAUUCAAGGACAGGAAGCAGUUUCUAAAACAGAGGCAGGCUGCUGUGAAGCUGCAGGCAGCAUGGAGGGGUUAUUACAGCAGGAAGAAUUUCCACCUGAUCCUGAUGGGCUUCGAGCGCCUGCAGGCCCUCUUCCAGAGCCGGCAACUUGCUAAGCAGUACGAAACAGCCCGGGCCAGUGUGAUUAAGUUUCAGGCCCUGUGCCGAGGUUACCUGAUGCGUCAGAAGACAGCGGAGCAGAUGAAGGCUGUGGGCAUUAUACAGGCGUAUGCCAGGGGUAUGUUUGCUCGUAGGAGUUUCCAGAGGAUAAAGAGAGAGCACCAGCAUAGACUAGAAGCCAGAAGGCUAUGCUUAGAAGAGGAGAAGCGCCUCAUCCAAAUCAUCGGGCCAAUGAGAGCAAAACAAGAAGCCAUGAAGCUCGAAAAGGAGCACCUGGCUAUGCUGGAGAGGGAGGAGGAGGAGGAGAAGCAAAGAAAACACAAUGCUCUCUCCAACAAACCACCACUUUAUGAUGCUAUCAGCGAUCAAGAAAUGGUGGAUAAAGUGUUUGGUUUUCUGCCUACUGUGAUUGGAGGCCAAGAAGGGCAGGCUCCUCUGGGAUUUGAGGACCUGGAAGCAAAGGCAGGCAAGCUGGAUGAGGUGGACCUGGACAUGAUUCCCAUGAGCAUGGAGCUAGAAGAGGAAGUCGAUGACCUAGUGGAGUACACGUUUCCAAAGUUUGCAGCCACUUACUUCCAAGGAUCCUCUACGCACACGCACAUCCGGAGGCCGCUGCGUCACCCGCUGCUCUACCAUGAUGAGAAAGAUGAUAUCCUGGCUUCCUUGGCCGUGUGGAAUAUCAUCCUGCGGUUCAUGGGCGAACUCCCGGAGCCAGUAAUGUUUGCUAAGAACACCAACAGCAAGAGCAGCUCUGUGAUGACGCAAAUCUAUGACACACUUGGCAAGAAAAGCCAGGUCCAGCUAAUGGGCAACAACACUCCAGAACUGGAAGCCUACAGAAGGAAUAACAGAGUCUCCAAGGGGGUCUCCUCUGUGAAGCUGAAACGUUCCUCGAAGCUGACAGGAAAGGUGGUGAGCCAGCUGAACAGCAGGGAGGAGCUAAUCCAGGAGCAGAGCACAAUCUUGGAUAGACCUAUGUCCAAUCUUGAAAAAGUGCACUUUGUUAUCGGCAAUGCAAUCCUGCGCCCUGCCAUUAGAGAUGAGAUUUACUGCCAGAUCUGCAAACAGCUCUCUGAAAACAACAACAAGAGCAGUCGAGCUCGAGGCUGGAUCCUCCUCUCGCUUUGCCUGGGCUGUUUCCCUCCCUCAGACAAGUUUGUGAAGUACCUGCUGAAUUUCAUCCGCAGUGGGCCCACAGGCUAUGCGCCGUAUUGUGCUGAACGGCUGAAGCGCACCUAUACCAAUGGAGCGCGGGCUGAACCUCCCAGCUGGCUGGAACUACAGGCAACAAAGCAGAAGAAACCCAUUGUAUUUAAUGUCACCUUGAUGAAUGGCCAAAGCAUCACGGUCCCUGCAGAUUCAGCCUCCAUUGCCAAAGAGAUCUGCCAGUUGGUAGCUGAUAAAAUGAAGCUGAAGGAUACGUUUGGUUUUUCACUCUACAUUGCUGUGUAUGACAAGGUCUGGUCACUGGGUAGCGGCCGGGAUCAUGUCAUGGACGCCAUCUCCCAGUGCGAGCAGCUGGUGAAGGAGCAGGGUGCCCAUGAACGCAACACCCCAUGGCGCCUCUACUUCCGGAAAGAGAUCUUCACUCCCUGGCACAACUCGAAGGAAGAUCCAGUCAGCACGGAGCUCAUUUACCACCAGAUCAUUCGCGGGAUCCGGUUUGGAGAAUACCGCUGUGAGAAGGAGGAGGAUUUGGUGGAAGUAGGAGCAAAAUAUUGCUACAUUCAAUUUGGGGACUCCAUCCACAAUGAGCUGGUCCAGAAGCUACUCCAGGACUUCAUCCCAGCCAAGCUGCUGAAGUCAAAGCCCCAGGAGAAGUGGGUGAGCCUCAUAACGUAUGCACAUGCCAAGGCCCCAUACACACAGGAUCGGCUUUCCCCUCAGAGCGUGAAGGAGCAGCUAGUGGAUUUUGCCCGUUUUCAGUGGCCUUUGCUCUUUUCUAGGUUCUUUGAAGUCACCAGAUUUUCAGGGCCCAGUCUGCCCAAGAACCACUUCAUAGUAGCCAUUAACUGGAAAGGGAUCUGCUUCCUAGAUGAGUCAGAAAAGCGGCUCCUCGAUCUGUCCUUCCCAGAAAUCACUGGAAUACACACCAACAGGGCAGUGAAGUCUUUUGGGCAGAGCUGCACUCUCAUCACACUGCGGGCAGAGGAGUUUGUCCUGACAUCUGUCCACAGUGUUGUCAUCGCAGAGCUAGUGGUCCUGUUUCUGGAAGGACUGAAGAAGAGGUCCCAGUAUGCUGUGGCCAUGCAAGAGAGCAAGCAGCAAGGGGACCCUGCCAUUCUGCCCUUCAAGAAGGGGGACUUGCUGAUUCUGACCCAGGACAAAGGGCUGGAAGCAAAUCGUGGUGACUGGGUCUAUGCUCAAAACGAACGGACUGCCAAGACGGGGAUUGUGUCUUUAGAAGCAAUCUAUAUUAUCCCUUCCAUUGCAAAACCAUCUAGCCAAGUGCUGAGCUUGCUGAUGAUGUCACCUGAUCAGAGGAGGUUGGCAUCACUGAAUUCCCGCACUGAGGAGGCAGAGGAAGAGGAAGUGAAAAUGAAGCCCUACACGCUUGAGGAGUUUUCCUAUGAGCACUUCAGGGUUCCUGAAAAAGAGUCCAUUAGCAAGGCUCUCCUCCACAAAUCCCGCGGGCGCAGCCAACUGUGGGCACUCUCCAAGGAACCCCUGAAGCAGCCCCUACUGAAGAAGGUGUGUGCAGAUCCAGAACUUCGGGACCUUGCGUGCCAGGCUUUCAUUGCCAUCAUGAAGUUCAUGGGAGACUACCCCUCGAAACAGGCACGGUCCUCCGUGGAGCUCACUGACCAGAUAUUCGUGGCAGCCAUCCAGGAGGAGGUGCUGCGGGAUGAGAUCUAUUGUCAGAUCAUGAAACAGCUGACCGAAAACAGCAACAGGUACAGUGUGAACAGUGGCUGGCAGUUACUCUGGCUCUGCACUGGCCUGUUCCCUCCCAGCAAAUCACUGCUGAAACAUGCCCAGAAGUUCAUCGAGACUCGUCAGAAAGAGACCCUGGCUCUGGACUGCAGCCGGAGAAUUCAGAGGAUAAUGAGGAGCGGCUCUCGGAAGUGGGCUCCCCAUAACGUGGAGGUGGAGGCCAUCCAGCAGAACAUCACCAAGAUCUCACACAAGGUUUCCUUCCCUAACAAUACAGAGCAGGUGUUUGAGGUGGGAACAAACACCAGAAUCCGGAACCUGUGUCAGACCAUUGCCUCCAAACUGCAGCUGAGCUCCUGGGAAGGAUUCAGCCUCUUUGUCAAGAUCGCAGACAAGGUGAUCAGUCAGAAUGAGGCCGACUACUUCUUUGACUCCUUACGGCAGGUUACUGACUGGACUCGGAAGAACAAGCCAGGGAAAGAUGGGGUUGCUGUGGCUGUGGCUUACCAGGUGUACUUCAUGAGGAAGCUAUGGCUGACUGUAACUCCCGGGAAAGACCUGAAGGCUGACUCCAUCUUUCAUUACCACCAGGAGCUGCCCAAGUAUCUGCGAGGGUAUCACAAGUGCUCCAAAGAGGAAGCUGUCCAGAUAGCAGGGCUGAUUUAUAAGGUCCGUUUUGACAAGGACCGAUCGCAGCAGGCAGCCAUCCCCAGGAUGCUGAAGGAGUUGGUGCCAGACAAUCUGAUCCGAGCGAUGGCUCUGGAGGAGUGGAAGAAGAAUAUCAUCAGCACCUACAGCAAACACGAGGGCAAAACAGUGGACGAGGCCAAGGUUGCCUUCUUGAAGCUGAUCCACCGGUGGCCCACGUUUGGGUCAGCCUUCUUCGAAGUGAAGCAAACCUCCGAGCCAAGUUUCCCAGACAUCAUACUGAUUGCAGUCAACAAGCAAGGAGUCUCGCUAAUACACCCCAAGACCAAGGACAUCUUAACAGUUUACCCCUUUAAUAAAAUCUCGAACUGGAGCAGUGGCAGCACAUACUUCCACAUGACAAUUGGGAACCUGGUGCGGGGAAGCCGGAUUCUGUGCGAGACAUCUCUGGGUUACAAAAUGGAUGACCUGUUGACAUCCUACGUACAGCUGCUAAUGAACGCUGUGAACAAGCAGAGGAAUCCCCGCCUCCCUGCCUGAGGGUAGAAGCCUGCGAUUCAUACCUGUGCCAAACAGCCUCCAUUUCAUAUCCCAGACCAAAACCCCUUUUAACACUGGUCCUGCCAAUUAACCCUCUAAUCACACCCAUUCUUCAGUAAGCCACGCUGGUAAAGUACUGCCACAGGGGAAGCAUGAAUGAGCACACGCUAGCUAACAUUUUAAGCUCUCCUGUCCUAGGCCCAAUGGACAAAUUCAAUAUGGAUUAUAAACAUCGCAGUGUUUUCCUGGAUUUCAACCUGGACAUGGCCCUCAAUUAAUACAUGAAAAAGCACUCUGAAAACCUCUUCGGCUCUAUUAUGGUGUCCUCCAUUCUGACAGGGACAUGCCCCUCCAAUUCCUUCCUCCUAGCAACAUAAGGGCACAUCAUUCAGUAUACUCCCACCAACUGCACAAGCUUCCUGAGUGUCUCUGUCAAAGAGAGAGAUAAUGUUACUUUUUCAACACAACGGAGAGGUUCCAAGAGUGGAGGAAAAGCCAAGCAUUUCAGUAAAAUAUUCAAUGGUAGAAAAACGGAGAAAUUUUUCAAAAAGCGAGAGGCUGCUUUUCUUCAGUCUUCUAGCAUUAGCAUACUCUAGUAAUAGCCAUCCUAUUCUGCUAUUAUGGGAGAAACUGCAUCGCUCCUGGACAGCUCAGGCUGGUAAGCCAUACUGGGCUUUGCAGAAGGGAAGAACCAUUUCUGCUAUAACAUGGUUAUUGUCUGCUGUCUUGUUGCCUUAGAUAAAUUGUGAGCUAGUGCACUUCCUUUUGUGUCCCCUUUGGUAACUGCACCUGGGUGUCCCCCAGCCUUUCUUUUUCAUAAGGAAACAGCAGAGUGCUCCCCAAUAUGCAUGAACACACACUUAUUCAGGCUGUUAUUAAGGACUGAUUCUGCACCCUUACACUGACAGCUCCCUAUAAAUACUCCUCAAUGUGAGUCAGUGUUGCACAGGACUGAGCCUAUAACACACAGAACUCUUUUGAAAGAGCCAUUUUCCUGCUCUAAUGAAGUGCUCCUAACAUGGAGCUAUGUAGACAUUCUUUCAGGAGACAGAAUUCCAAUUGGUUAAUUUUAUUGGUUUUCAUUUCUCUUGAUCUUUCUCCAACUUCCUGUUUGGCAGACAGCUUGAAUGGUAAAGCCUGAUUCAGAGUUUGUUCAUCACAUGCUCCUCCAUAGACAACUCCUGUCAGCAAGAGAGAACUUUCUCACAAUAAGAACUGCUCAGAGUUCAAAAAGCCUGGGAGGUAACCUUGCUCCUACACUGCUUUCCAGUACUAGAAGAGCAAAUACUUGUCCUUCCCAAAUCAGAACCACCCUCCUGUGACCACAGUGACAUGUGGUGCUUUUAGUGCAUUUACACCAAGUUCCUUGAGGCAUGGUUUGACAGUGCUGGAAAAGCAGUGCUGUUGAAUCUCUCGUUCUAGUUUGCCAAUGUAUGGACAAUGGGCUUCGUUGUCCCCUGGACGUCUGUGUGCAACACAGCCAUUAAUGGGAGGAUUGUACAUGCACUGAAGAGAGAAUAGGGCCUCAAUAUCUCUAUGCAUCUAAAUGAGUGCCACACUUUUCAGAAUAGUUGAUCUUUUUGCGACCAGUCAGAUAUUCCCAAUGCAAUGUCCAUUGCCAGCAAUGGAUGCUUUGAGACUACCAAUGUCAAGGUGUUAAUGCUGACAUCAUACCUUUGAAUUCAAUUUAAUUAGAUGUAGUAUCUGAGAAAUGUUUUAUACAUUGACUCUGUACUGAAAUCUUUGCAGCCAAACUAUUCU